AUGCAGAAUAUGACAGCCAACGAAGUUCUCAAGGAGACCUUUACAUUACAUGACCAGGCUAGUAUGUUACGUAAGAGCCUUUGUGAAAUGGCACCGUUCGAAGUCGUCCACACCAUGGAUAACAACCAAGAGACUCACAACAUUCAUACCUUUGAAGGUGUGAUGCAUCGAUACCAAGAUCAACAGACAGCCCGCCUAUAUAACGCUGCUAGACUGAUCAAUCUAACACUGCUGCAGUGGAUGGUUUCCGCUUUCCAACGCCGCUCAGAUGUCGAGAGUUCCUGUCAACAUGUUGAUAUUGACUGUAUCUUCCUCAAGGAAAGAGAUUACACGAUGGAGAAAGCACUUGUCGAGAGCGCAGAGCUUGUCGGAGAUAUACUGGCCAGCGUCCCCUACUAUCUAAACCUACUCGAAUCGCAACACAGCACAGAGGUGCGAUAUCUCAUUUGGCCUUUGACAACCAUCUUGAGUUUUGACAUAUGCCCGCCCUUAGCUAGGCAUUAUAUCAAAGAUCGCCUUAUGGUAUUUGGCUACAAGUACAAUAUGAGACAAGCCAUAGAGGUGGCAAAGAUGCUUGAUCAAGGGGAUCACCUUCAGAAUUUUAUGCAUAUUAUCCACAUGUCUUAA